AUGAGGCUCUCGUGGCGCCUGGGCCUGGGUCGAAGGGAGACGGUCCACGACUACGUCGGCGUCCUGAUCCCGCUCGAGGAAGCGCACCACCACAGCCACUCCGCCCGGACAGGACGCACAGAGUUUGAGUCGCGCCAUGAUGCCACCGACGAUGUGGGCCACGGUAAAGACGAGGACAACGAGGCACAUGGCAUGCUCGAGAUGGACGCUGCCGAGUACACCAUCGAGGGGCUACGCCAGGAAACACGCCAGGGUCGCCAAGGACAGUGGACCGAAUAUGAGAUCAAGUCGAAGCUCAUCAACAAGGCCAUACAGGAUAUAGGAAUGGGAAGUUACAACUGGCAGCUGUUUGUUCUCUGCGGCUUUGGCUGGUUCGCAGAUAAUCUAUGGCUACAGGGCGUAUCUCUCUGUCUUCCAUCUUUGUCCGCCGAGUUUGGCAUUUCUGAAAAGGCUGUCCGGUACACCACAAGUGCCCUCUUCGUCGGACUCUCGGCUGGGAGCUUCAUUUGGGGCAUCGGAUCCGACUUUAUGGGCCGUCGCAUCGCCUUCAAUUCCACACUCCUCAUCACAAGCGUCUUUGGAAUCGCGGCUGCCUACGCGCAGAGUUGGGGCUGGGUCUGCUUCUACUUCGCGGCGCUGGGGUUCGGCGUCGGCGGAAGCCUGCCCGUCGACGGCGCCCUCUUCCUCGAGUUCCUCCCGGAUGCUUCGAGCGCCCUGCUCACGCUUCUGUCCGUGUGGUGGCCCGUGGGACAACUUGCUUCGUCGCUGGUGGCGUGGUUCUUUAUCGCCAACAUGCCCGUCGAGCAGGGCUGGCGGUACUUUAUCGUCACCAUCGGGAUCGUCACCUUCGCCAUGUUUGUGGUGCGCUUCUUCAUCUUCCACCUCUUCGAAUCGCCCAAGUUUCUCCUAAACAAGGGACGACAGGCGGAGGCAGUUGCGGUCGUGCAUGGCAUCGCGUACCGGAAUGGCAAGAAGACGUGGCUCACUUGCGACAUCCUCGACCAAGUUGCUGGCGACGACAGUGUCGAGGGGACACACGUCACGCAGCAGCUUCAGACUGUCUCGACGGCGAGCGCACUCAAAGAGAAGAUUAAGGGAAUCUCUGGCGAUCGCCUCAAGCCGCUAUUCAAGACGAAAAAGCUUGCCGUCGCCACCACUCUCAUCUGGUUCUGUUGGGCCAGUAUCGGCAUGGGCUACCCGCUCUUCAACGCCUUCCUACCACAAUACUUUGCUCGCGCCCACGGCGACGCACAGGGAGACCAGCUGCAGUCCGAGACGGCGCCCAUCACGGCCGAGACGUACCGCAGCUAUGCCAUUGCCUCGGUCAUGGGCGUCCCCGGCAGUCUGCUCGCUGCGUAUCUCGUCGACCACCCUUCUCCCUGGCUCGGCCGCCGAGGGACACUCGCCUCGUCAACCCUCGUCUCCGCCAUAUUCCUCUUCGUUUUUGUCCUCUUGGGCACCACACCUUCCAGGCAACUCGCCUUUUCCUGCGUCGAGGCCUUUGCCCAAAACAUCAUGUAUGGCGUCCUAUACGCCUUCACGCCUGAGAUAUUCCCCGCCCCGGUCCGGGGAGCCGGCACCGGCGUGGCCAGCUUCCUGAACCGCGUGACGGGCUUGCUGGCACCCGUGCUGGCAGCGACGGUACCGGGCGACGGAGCGACGACGCCCAUUUACAUAUCGGCAGUGCUGAUUUUGUCGGCGUUUGUGGCCAUGUGUCUAAUUCCGAUUGAGACGCGGGGCGCACAGAGGCUAUGA